AUGAUAAAAACGGAGAUUAAGUUAUUGUUCUUGAUGGUGCAACUUGUGAAUCCAUUUAGAAGUCAAUAUAUUUGGUAUGGUGAGGCCGGUUUUGAUCAGGAUGGUUUUUAGUUUGAGUGCAAAGGAGGACAUGCUCAUGCUCCUGGGAUGCAUCCUCAUCCUUGCGUUCGUAUGUUUAUAAUAUUGAUUUAGACUUUCAUUCUGAUUGUUAAUAUGUCACAGAACCUAAAAUGAUCAUCUCGAAUGGCAAUGAAAUGCUAUGCCAUCCGAGAGUUAGACAAUACGUUGUGUGGCCAUUGCAAUUCUUUGAAAAAGUGUUAUUUUGUUAGCACAAGGCUGUAAUAUAUGAAUAUUCUGAAAACACCGAUUUAGAACUUUCGUGUUAAUUUGUUCUUCAAGAUUGCAUAAUAGCCUAAAAGUCUGGUGAUAUUGUUAAGUGCUAAUUUUGCUAUGAAUAUAGGACAGGAUAAUAUUGUCAAAAUCUUAUUAGUAAUUUAAAUAAAUAUUUAGAUUGUGGAGACAACUGUGCAAGUUGUACAUCCAAUUAUUGCUAAACGUGCAAGGAAGGCUACUCUCCAUAAAGUGACACUGAUUUAUAUUGUAGUUUAGGUAAAUAAAUUAGAAAUGUAAUAGCCUGUCAAACAGGACAUUUAUCUUGUUCUUUAACUAAUAAUGUAUACGCAUUCGAAGGGUGUAAAAAAGGUUAUGAAAUGGUUGGUAAUUAAUGUGUAGGUAUAAAUAAUAAACAAAUCAAGCUUGUCCUAAUAGAUGCACUGUUUGCACGAUGGGAAUUUGCUCUGAAUGCGAAUUUCAUUAUUUUUUAAAAGAUAACUAAUGCUUUGGAGACAUAAAUUGCACUAGAUUUGAUUAUAAAUAUGAUCCUAACACAGGAUUAGCUAAUGGGAUUAUUUGUUAAAUAUGUGACUUUGGAUUUUUUUAUAAUCCAAAUCAAUAAAAAUGCACUCGUAAUUCAAUUAAAAUAUUUUUAGUCUGUAAGGAGCAGCCUGGCUUGGAAAAUUGCUUGAUUUGUUUUAACUCUACAUAAUGCAAAAUUUGUAAAGGAACACACAUAAUAACAGCAGAUAAGAGAUGCAUACCGUUUAUUGGUUGCUCAUCAUAAUGCUAAACAUGUCUUUAUACAGAUCCUGAAUACUGUACAACUUGUAAUUUGAAGGAAAAAUUUCUAAGUUCAACUAUUGUGCCAGGAAAAUGUUUUUGUGAUUAUCCAAAUGGUUAUAUCGAGAAGGAUGGUGGAUGUGGUAAAUGUUCAGAUGGGUAAUGCUAAACUUGUGGUCUAGAUUAUUAUGAUUGUACAUCUUGUAAACCAAUUUCAAAUAGAACUCUUGUUGGUUCUAAAUGCAUUUGUAAAUAAGGAUAUUUUGAAGCUGGCAAUUCUGACCAAAUAUGUUUAAGUAUGAAUCAAUUUCAAUUAGAAUGCUAUGAUAGUUGUUAUAAUUGUUAAGGAAUUAAUGAAAAUGAUUGUACUGAAUGCGGAGAUCCUGGAAUAUAUAAUAAAUAUUUUGAAAAUGGAAAUUGUUUUUGUUUUGAAAGAACAUUAUUGUAAAUUCAACCUGACGGGAAUAGCAUUUGUAAACGUAAAGAAUAGUUAUUUAAUUAGCCUGUCAUCCUAGGUGCGAAAAAUGUUCUAUACCUUUUGAUAAUUCUUCAAAUCAAAAUUGUACUAUGUGUAUUGCAAGCCAACGCAGAGUUUUAUCAAAUGAUUACCGAUGUGUUUGCUAAGAUGGAUAUGGAGAAGAUGGAAAUUCAGAUGUUUGCUUUAGUAUCUGAUGAUAAUGAUUAUUAUAGGGUGUCAUUAUUCCUGUUUGAGUUGUAAAGGACCUCUUUAAACUGAUUGUACUUCCUGCUCCAUUGUUGCCCAUAGAUAUUUGACAGUAGACUCUAAAUGUAAUUGCAACUAAGCCUAUUAUGACCCUGGUUUGAAGGAUCCAAAUUGCUAUUGUACUUUUUAUUUUAAUUAUCAACUUAGUGACUUGUCAUCAUUCUUGUGCUAGUUGCACUGUUUAUGGUUAAGAUAAAUGCACUUCCUGUCCAUCAACAAGACAUGCUGAUAGAGUUGGAACUACUUUUUAAUGUCUAUGCAACGAUUCACACUAUUAUAGUGAUCCAUUAUUUUUAGAAUGCUAGCAAUGCCAUUUGACUUGCAAAACUUGUAAGGGCUCUUCUGAAACAAAUUGUCUAAGUUGUGAUACUACUUACANAAAUUGCACUAGAUUUGAUUAUAAAUAUGAUCCUAACACAGGAUUAGCUAAUGGGAUUAUUUGUUAAAUAUGUGACUUUGGAUUUUUUUAUAAUCCAAAUCAAUAAAAAUGCACUCGUAAUUCAAUUAAAAUAUUUUUAGUCUGUAAGGAGCAGCCUGGCUUGGAAAAUUGCUUGAUUUGUUUUAACUCUACAUAAUGCAAAAUUUGUAAAGGAACACACAUAAUAACAGCAGAUAAGAGAUGCAUACCGUUUAUUGGUUGCUCAUCAUAAUGCUAAACAUGUCUUUAUACAGAUCCUGAAUACUGUACAACUUGUAAUUUGAAGGAAAAAUUUCUAAGUUCAACUAUUGUGCCAGGAAAAUGUUUUUGUGAUUAUCCAAAUGGUUAUAUCGAGAAGGAUGGUGGAUGUGGUAAAUGUUCAGAUGGGUAAUGCUAAACUUGUGGUCUAGAUUAUUAUGAUUGUACAUCUUGUAAACCAAUUUCAAAUAGAACUCUUGUUGGUUCUAAAUGCAUUUGUAAAUAAGGAUAUUUUGAAGCUGGCAAUUCUGACCAAAUAUGUUUAAGUAUGAAUCAAUUUCAAUUAGAAUGCUAUGAUAGUUGUUAUAAUUGUUAAGGAAUUAAUGAAAAUGAUUGUACUGAAUGCGGAGAUCCUGGAAUAUAUAAUAAAUAUUUUGAAAAUGGAAAUUGUUUUUGUUUUGAAAGAACAUUAUUGUAAAUUCAACCUGACGGGAAUAGCAUUUGUAAACGUAAAGAAUAGUUAUUUAAUUAGCCUGUCAUCCUAGGUGCGAAAAAUGUUCUAUACCUUUUGAUAAUUCUUCAAAUCAAAAUUGUACUAUGUGUAUUGCAAGCCAACGCAGAGUUUUAUCAAAUGAUUACCGAUGUGUUUGCUAAGAUGGAUAUGGAGAAGAUGGAAAUUCAGAUGUUUGCUUUAGUAUCUGAUGAUAAUGAUUAUUAUAGGGUGUCAUUAUUCCUGUUUGAGUUGUAAAGGACCUCUUUAAACUGAUUGUACUUCCUGCUCCAUUGUUGCCCAUAGAUAUUUGACAGUAGACUCUAAAUGUAAUUGCAACUAAGCCUAUUAUGACCCUGGUUUGAAGGAUCCAAAUUGCUAUUGUACUUUUUAUUUUAAUUAUCAACUUAGUGACUUGUCAUCAUUCUUGUGCUAGUUGCACUGUUUAUGGUUAAGAUUAAUGCACUUCCUGUCCAUCAACAAGACAUGCUGAUAGAGUUGGAACUACUUUUUAAUGUCUAUGCAACGAUUCACACUAUUAUAGUGAUCCAUUAUUUUUAGAAUGCUAGCAAUGCCAUUUGACUUGCAAAACUUGUAAGGGCUCUUCUGAAACAAAUUGUCUAAGUUGUGAUACUACUUACAGACAAUUGAUUAUAUCAAGGUGUAAUUGCUACCCUGGUUAUUACAGCACAGGCCAACUAUAAUGUCAAUGUGAUUAUUAAAUACUAACUAUUAGAAUGCCAUUACACAUGUCUCACAUGCUACUCUGCUGAUGAAGAUGGCUGUACCUCUUGCUCAUCGGCCAAAAAUAGAGUUCUAAAAGCAACCAAAUGUGUCUGUAAGGAGAAUACAAUGGAAGCCUCAAAUACAGAUGCUAUGUGUUCAAGUAAAAAUUUUAUAUCUAACUUAGAAUGUUCAUAUCGUUGUUCAUCUUGCAAUAUAGCAGCUGACCAUUGCACAACAUGUCCUGAUUAAUCAUAUCGUGAAAUAGGAACUAAUAACUCUUGUGCUUGUCCAGCCUACUAUUAUGAUUAGCCUGACAACCCAAUUUGCAUAAGUAUGAGAAUAAAUUGAACUUUAGAGUGCUAUAAUACUUGCUAUGCUUGUAAAGGAUAAAAAAAUACUGAAUGUACUGCUUGUAAUCCUCUCAGUAAAAGGGAAUUGAACAUUAAUGGAGAAUGUGUUUGCAUGAGUAAAUAUUAUGAUACAGGAAUACAAGAAUGUUCAAGUAUAUAAUAUAUACAUAAUAAUAGUUUGUAGCACCGAUUGUUUAGAUUGCAUUACUAGUCCUACUAAUUGUACUUCUUGCAAUCCGGAAAAAUAUUUACUUGGAAACAGUUGCUAAUGCAAAACGAAACUUUAGGGAAGUUUUCUCACUACCUAUUUUGUUGAAUCAAAAAAUAAAUGUCUAAGUAAGUCAAUGAAAAUAAUGAUUAGAUUGUCAUUAUAGUUGUCUAUCUUGCAGUGGUCCAUUAGUAAAUUAAUGUUUAUCUUGUUUGAACUCAGAAUAAAGAAUUUUGAUUGGUUCAAGUUGCAUUUGUACAGAAAAUUACUAUGAUAAUGGAUUUCCUAAUUGUAAAUGUAAAAUUAAUUCUUUAAUUUAUGAAGAAUGUAACUUUCGAUGUUAUGGGUGUACAACAUUACCUACUCUAUGUACAUCUUGCCCAUAAUCAACCUUAAGAACAUAUAAUUCUUUAAACUCUUCUUGUGAUUGCCCAAAUUCUUAUUAUGAUGAUGGAGUAAAUCCUGUUUGUUAAAGUAAUAUAUUAGAAUAAUUAUAGAAUGCGAUUAUUCUUGUUCAACUUGUAAGAUAAUGUCUAGUAGAUGCGAAUCUUGCUAGUUAAACACAUAUAGAGUUUACGACUCCUUAUUAUUUACGUGCCUUUGCGAUACUAAUUAUUAUGAUUCAGGAAUUCCGGUUUGUCAAUAAUGCCAUUAUUCUUGCUUACUUUGUAAUACUUAUGGGGCAGAUUCGUGCAUUAGUUGCUAACCAUAAACAACAUCCUUUAGAGUAUUAAAUGGAAACGUUUGCGAAUGUCUCCUUGGGUAUUACGAUGAUGGAUACUCUUUAAAUUGUUAAUAAUGCUUUUAUAAAUGUUAAAACUGCAUUAAUUCUCCAACUGUUUGUACAUCUUGUAAGGAAACAAGACAUUUAGAUCAAAAUCAAUGUCUAUGCAAUACUGGUUAUUUUGAAAAUGGGUCAAGCAAUUGUAGUAAAUGCAAUUCAAACUGUUAUAAUUGCAUUUUUAAUUCCAAAUAAUGCACAGAAUGUGAUCCAAGUACAUUAAGGUCAUUGAAUACUAAUACUAAUACUUGUUAAUGUUAAGCAGGCACAACUGAAAUAGAUGGAUUGUGUCAACAAUGCGAUUAAAAUUGUCAGACAUGCUCAAACACUCCUACAAAUUGUACAUCAUGCGGUCUAAUGAAAUUUCUAAGUAAUUCAAAAUGCGCAUGUAUUGACGGGACAUAUUUAUUGGAUGCUGAUAAUCAGUGCUAUUCUUGUGAUUCUACCUGUGAAACUUGUUUUGGUAACGGUUCGUUUUGUUAGAGCUGUAUAUCAGAUAAAAAUAGAAUUCUAGAUAAUGCAACACAUACAUGUAUCUGCAAGGCUGGAUAUUACGAAGAUACUGUUAACAAAUCUUGUAUUUAAUGCUAUUAAACGUGUUUAACUUGUUUUGGUAUUUCUACGUAUUGCACAUAAUGUGAUUAAACCUUAAAUUUAACACUUAAUUAUUAAAAUAGAUGUGUUUGCAAAUCAGGUUUCUUCUUUAAUCUUAUUACUUAAUAAUGUGAAGGUAUUGUUUAAAUUAAAUUUAAGCUUGCCAUGUUAGUUGUUCUGAAUGCUUAACAUAAACUUAAUGUUUGACUUGUGAAUUAAUCACGAGAUACCUUGACAAUGACACAUCGUAAUGUGUAUGCAAAAAUGGCUUCUAUGAAGCUAAUCAAAAAUAAUGUUUAUGUAUUAUUAAUGAUCAAUGUUAUAGAAUGCCACAGUUCAUGUAAAACAUGUUAAAUUUAAUCAAAUUAAUGUCUAACUUGUGAGUUAACAAAUUUUAGAUUUUUGUAAAUGAAUACUUGCCCAUGUUUAGAUGGGUACUAUGAUGUUGGAAUUGAAAUGUGUUAAAAAUGUAGUGACAUCUGUAAAACUUGCUAAACUAAUUCAACUAAAUGUUACUCUUGUUAUCCAAAUCAUCAUCGUGUAUUAAAUCAAAACACUUGUACUUGCUCUCCCGGGUAUUUUGAUAAUGGCUAAUAAUUAUGUGAAAGUAUUCAUCUGAUAUUAUAUUAGAAUGCUCGAAUUCUUGUCAAACUUGUAAAAAUUAGAGAGAUUAUUGUACUAGUUGUGAUGUUAAUUAAAGUAGAUUAGAUUAAUCUAUUAUUCAUAAAUGUCCGUGUGUUUCUGAUUUUUAUUAGGAUUCUAAUGAAACUUGCUAAAGUAUUUAUCAUCUUUUAUUAUAGAAUGCCAUCUUAAAUGUUCUGGAUGUGCAUAUGAAAGAGAUAACUGUUUAAGCUGCAAAUUUGUUUAUGGUUCCAACAGAUUAACGAUUUCAAAUUAAUGUAAUUGUAAAGAUGGAUACUAUGAUGACAAUAUCUAAAUAAUAUGUAAGAAAUGUAAUAACCGAUGCAAAACUUGUGAAAACGAUUCCAAUAAUUGCCUUAGUUGCCUGGGUAAUCUAAAAAUAAAUCCUCCAAAUUGUUUCUGUAUGAAUGGUUAUUUUGAAACUGAUUAACUGAAUUGUGAACGUAUUUGUUUAAUAUAAACCAAGCAUGCGAUAUCAAAUGCGAUACUUGUAAAACUCAAGCCUCUAAUUGUAUAACAUGCAGAGAAGGUCGUAUAAAUGAAAAAUGUGAUUGUGAAGAGGGAUACUAUGAUGGUGGCCAGCCUUUAUGUCUAGGUAAAUAUAGAAUCUAUAUCUUAAGAGUGCGACUUUUAAUGUUCAACAUGCAGCAAAUCAGCAAACAAUUGUCUAACGUGUAAAGGAGAUAGGUCUUAAACUCCAUUAUGCAGAUGUUAGGAUGGAUAUUAUGAUGAUUUCUAGAGUUUAAAUUGCUUGAAAUGUGGUUACACUUGUAAAACUUGCACUUUGGAUAAAUGUUUAUCAUGCAAUGGCAAUAGAAUUUUAUCAGAUGAAAUGAGUUGUGAUCCUCCUCCAAAUUCAGUUAGUUCUUUAUUAACUCCUUGGUGUUCAAGUAUAGUAUUCUUAAUAUCAAAGAUUGCGAAGUAGCUGUUCUGAAAAUUAAAUUAUCAGAUGAUCUGAAAUCAAUACUUGUCCUUUUUGAUUUCCAGAUAAACCCAAACUUCUUUUCAAGUUAUCUUACUAGCAAUGCUUGUUUUAAUAUCUUAAAAUAGACAACUCUUUCGAAAUUAGGAAGGAAUCCAUAAUGUAACAUUGAUCCGAAUAAUACAAAACAGUUAAUUUUGAAUUUCGGGCACAAUCCUACCAUCACAGUGGGAGAUUAGAUUGAAUUUUUGGAAAAUUCUUUCGGCCAUAAUAAUUGCAAAGGCAAACUAUAAUAUUUCAUUUUUAAUACACUUGAAUAACCCUCGAACCCAUUUGCUCCUUUAAUCAAAUAUAAUGUACCUACAUACCUUUUGAAUCCUUGUGAAGAGAACAUCAUUUUAAUUGAAUCAAAGCUAUACGAUGGUUUGAGAAGUUUUAUUUCAAUAUAAUGGUCAUUUAUUGUGUAUGGGUAAAGUGGAAAUGCUGAUCUGAAUAAUUUUGUUUAAGAAUUAACAAAUUUUCAAUAAUUAGACCUAACCAUUCCAGAAAAAACAUUACCUCUCUCUUCAAAUAUUUCUUUAUUUGUGGAGGUUGAAAACUUCGUUUCAAAAAAGAGUGUUUUUGAAAUAUCAAUUUAAACACACAAUGGAUAAUUUCCAACCAUUUUUUAGAAAUUCAAACAAUCAUAUUAUCCAUUUGAAUCUAUCAAAAUGGUUUUCACUAUUAAAAAGAAAAGUUGCAUGGAAAAUUCACAAGUAUCAAAUAAUAAUUCUUAAUAUUAAAUCAAUUUUUAUGAAGUUGACAGAAAUGACUCUAGAUCUAGACCUUCAAAUUUCAAAUUUGAUUAAUUAAUUAGUUCUGACUUAUUAGAACUUAACAUUGAACGCUAUUCUUUAACCGCGUACACAACAUAUACAUUUCAAUUAACGGUUUCAGAUUCUUCAAUUUAAUAUUAUUCAGAACAAAAUACAACUAUUUCCAUAUUAUCAGGGGGAAUUCUUUGUCAAUUUAAUGGAACAAAGAGGCUACAAAAUUAUUAAAGUGCUACAAAUAUUUACAUCCUAUGCAAAGAUCUUGAUGUUCAAUAUGAUUGGAAUGAAGAUCCUGAUUUGAAAAUACAAGUUAGUUGCUUAGAACUAACUUCACAAGUAGAAUGCAAAGAUUCUUAAAAGAGGAAAUUACAAUAUAACUCUACUGAAACAAGUUAGAAAUUUCCUAAAGCCACUUUUCAACCUUACACGAUUUAAUCUUGGAAUGUAAUUGCCACCAAAAACUCGCUGACCUACUCUUAUGAUAUCAAUAUUGUAUAUCUGGAUUAUGAUUUCAAAAUCCUGGAUAUAGAUUAUAACAGUGGAUAUUUGGUAAGGCCGGUUAAUAAUUAUGAAGAUUUAUAUUUUACUUUUAAUAUACCAUUUUAGGAGAGGUAAUACCUAUUAGAAUAUUCAAUUGCAAUAAUUUAUGAUUAUCAAUUAAUUUCUCUACUUUAACCCCAAUACUUUGAAUAUUCCUUUUAAUUAUAUGAUUACUAUUAAUAAUUUAAUAAAGGAAACAAAUUCAAUCUUAAAUUUUUAGCUUAGUUUACGAAUGAUAUCAUUCCUAAUCAGGAAGACUUAACUUUAUUUUUAAAUCAACCUCCAAUCUGUAAUUUAAAAAUUCUGGAUGAGAAUGUAUAUGCUUUAGAACCUUUGAAAAUGGCAAUUAAUUGUGAAUAAUCUGAGGAUUAACCAUAUAAUUAUUAAAUAAAAGUGUUUCUAUAUAACGAUGAUUUUGAAGAGUUUAAGAAUAAAUCAUCAGAUAAUUCUCUACUUUAUUACAGCUUUUAAUAAUCAAAUAAUUUUGUAUUAUAUUUUCCUAGCACAGAGAUCAAUAUUAUUUUUCAGAUCAUAGAUCAAAGAGGAUCUAUUACAAAUAUUCAAAAGAGCCUAAAUAUCUCUAAAAAGCAAGUCACAUGUAAUAAUUUAAAUAUAGAUCAAUUGACAUUUUUGUAAAAAAUUUCUUGGAUUUUUGAAAUACUUAUAAAUCAAAAUGACAAAUAGAAUUGUACACAAUUAAAAGAUGAAAUAUAUAAUUCUAUUCAAUAACAAGUGACUUCAGAUGUUUAAUCAGAAAAAUUGUUGGCCUAUUAAACAAUUAAUCUAUACAAAAAAGUAUCAACAAAAUAGGCGAAUUCAAAUUCUACAAGGAGAUUAUUAGAAUAAAAAUAUCAAAAUUAAUGCUACAAUAAUGAGACAUCUCUCUUUAUUAGUACUAAUUAGGAAGUUACCUAGAAAAAUAGCAUUAAUAUUUCAUCAUUAACAGAAAGUUCUCAAAAAGUUUAAUAAUAAAUAGUUGAUUUAAUUUAGUUGAGGAUAAAUUUAGAAAAUUAAAACUCCCAAAGCAAUCUAAUUAUUGAUUCUCAGUUAGUUAUGAUGAUUAAAACGGUUACCUAAAUAUUAAUUGGUUCUGUACACUUAAUUGAUGAAUAAUAUCUGAUUAUUUCUUAAAAUGAAACCUCUCCCCAAUAUUAUGAGGAAGUAAUGAAGAUAUCUGAAACCUUAAUUUAAUUAAUUGAAAAUAUUACAAUUCAAAUUAGUGACAAUCUUUAAGUUAAUGGCUAGGUUUUAUCAUUUUACGGAGCUAUACUGUCAUUAUAACUUUAAAAAAUUACUAAGUCAGUAUAUAACGCACAGUUUUAAAUAUAGUAUGAUUACUUAGAUAAUUUAAUUGCAUUCAUACAAAAGUCAUAACUAAAAGUUAGUUUUAAUUAUUAUAAUCUAUCAUAAUCUUACAGAUCCAUGCUUCAAAUUUACUUAAAUAGAUCAGAUUUUGAGAUUGAUUAAAACUAUUUUGUCAAAUCAUUCCUAACUAAUUUUCUCUAUACUGGUUCUUAAAUCAACCAGCUAUAAUUAAAUACAUAUUAUAAAAUUGACAUGGCUAAAUUUCAAAAUUGUGAUAUUUCAAAUGGGAUUUCAGAAAUUUUCAAAUAUAAUUAUUUUUGUAUUAAUCAUUUAGAAAACGAUCAGUUUGAGAAAUGUGAUGUAGAAAUCGAAAAAAUUGAUAAUCAAACAACAUAGCUCUAUUGCAAGUGUUAAUUUUUUGGAAAUUUAUAUUUGAUAAAGGUUGCCAAUAACUCUAUGAAUUAAUCAAAUAAUACAGUAGUUAAUUGGCUGGCAGAAGAGUAAUAGAAAAUUGACAUAUAUGAGCAAUCUUUUCUACUUGUUUAGGGUGUAUUUAUUAUAUCAUCUGCUAUUGUUUACCUUUCCUUAGUGUUUCUAGAAUAUCACAAAUCCAAAGAAAUUAGUAUGGAACAAGGUCAAGAUAGGGAUAAUACAUUAGAGCCAGCUAAGGAUGCACAUCAAAUAAGAUUGUAUCCAAGUCAUUUUAUCAUGUUUAAAACAAACUUCUAAGUAAUUUUUUUGGUUAUUCAAAUAGUAUAUCCAUUCAAUUUUGUAACUUUGUUAAGAUGAUGAAAACCCUGUGAAGAAAAGCUUUAGAUUUUUACAGAUUAGUAAUGAAAUAAGNAAUCUAUACAAAAAAGUAUCAACAAAAUAGGCGAAUUCAAAUUCUACAAGGAGAUUAUUAGAAUAAAAAUAUCAAAAUUAAUGCUACAAUAAUGAGACAUCUCUCUUUAUUAGUACUAAUUAGGAAGUUACCUAGAAAAAUAGCAUUAAUAUUUCAUCAUUAACAGAAAGUUCUCAAAAAGUUUAAUAAUAAAUAGUUGAUUUAAUUUAGUUGAGGAUAAAUUUAGAAAAUUAAAACUCCCAAAGCAAUCUAAUUAUUGAUUCUCAGUUAGUUAUGAUGAUUAAAACGGUUACCUAAAUAUUAAUUGGUUCUGUACACUUAAUUGAUGAAUAAUAUCUGAUUAUUUCUUAAAAUGAAACCUCUCCCCAAUAUUAUGAGGAAGUAAUGAAGAUAUCUGAAACCUUAAUUUAAUUAAUUGAAAAUAUUACAAUUCAAAUUAGUGACAAUCUUUAAGUUAAUGGCUAGGUUUUAUCAUUUUACGGAGCUAUACUGUCAUUAUAACUUUAAAAAAUUACUAAGUCAGUAUAUAACGCACAGUUUUAAAUAUAGUAUGAUUACUUAGAUAAUUUAAUUGCAUUCAUACAAAAGUCAUAACUAAAAGUUAGUUUUAAUUAUUAUAAUCUAUCAUAAUCUUACAGAUCCAUGCUUCAAAUUUACUUAAAUAGAUCAGAUUUUGAGAUUGAUUAAAACUAUUUUGUCAAAUCAUUCCUAACUAAUUUUCUCUAUACUGGUUCUUAAAUCAACCAGCUAUAAUUAAAUACAUAUUAUAAAAUUGACAUGGCUAAAUUUCAAAAUUGUGAUAUUUCAAAUGGGAUUUCAGAAAUUUUCAAAUAUAAUUAUUUUUGUAUUAAUCAUUUAGAAAACGAUCAGUUUGAGAAAUGUGAUGUAGAAAUCGAAAAAAUUGAUAAUCAAACAACAUAGCUCUAUUGCAAGUGUUAAUUUUUUGGAAAUUUAUAUUUGAUAAAGGUUGCCAAUAACUCUAUGAAUUAAUCAAAUAAUACAGUAGUUAAUUGGCUGGCAGAAGAGUAAUAGAAAAUUGACAUAUAUGAGCAAUCUUUUCUACUUGUUUAGGGUGUAUUUAUUAUAUCAUCUGCUAUUGUUUACCUUUCCUUAGUGUUUCUAGAAUAUCACAAAUCCAAAGAAAUUAGUAUGGAACAAGGUCAAGAUAGGGAUAAUACAUUAGAGCCAGCUAAGGAUGCACAUCAAAUAAGAUUGUAUCCAAGUCAUUUUAUCAUGUUUAAAACAAACUUCUAAGUAAUUUUUUUGGUUAUUCAAAUAGUAUAUCCAUUCAAUUUUGUAACUUUGUUAAGAUGAUGAAAACCCUGUGAAGAAAAGCUUUAGAUUUUUACAGAUUAGUAAUGAAAUAAGUAUUUUAAUAUUAUCUUCUACUUGGGAAAUCUUAUUUACUAAUAUCGUAAUUAUCAAUUCGUUCAUAAGCCUCCUUAUUAUUUUAGUCUUUAGAUUAAUUUCCAAAAUAACUUAAGCAAUUUAUAUGUUUGAAGGCAAAAUAGCCAUAAUGAUGAUUUUACUGUAUCUUUUCCUUCCUGUUAUGUACUUUUUCCUUAUGAUUUUGGCGUUUAACUCAAUGUAUAUUAUUUUCUUAUAAUAGUGAAAUGAAUUAGAAUUUCAUUGAUGUGUAAAUAGCCUUAAACCUUUUGAGCGCUUUAUUACUAGUUUAUUUCGUUUUUGAACCAAUCGCUAUAUAUCUAAGAAUAGUUAUAUAUAGACCGCUUUUUGAAAGCAUUAGAAAAAAUGAAUUUAAUCCGAUCAACCAUUUUUUUUAUUUCUUUAUCUAUGAUAGCAAAAUAAAUCAAACCUAUGAUUAGUUAAAUAUUUGA